AUGCCGAAGCGUCCCGACCGCGCGCAGGUGCGAAUCGAUGCCUUCCUCUCGCCUCGAGGGGGCAUCGCGUCCACGAGCGGCGGCUCGUUCGGGUCCGGCGUCGGGACCGCACCGCGCGGUGGCGGUCAUCGCGCCAAUCGAGACAGGGCGUUCGACGGGAGCUCGUUCGUGAACUGUCCGGUGUGCGAUGCGAGGGUGGCUCUGCGGCUGAUGAACGAUCACAUGGACGGUCCAACAUGCGGGAUCGGCGUCGGGACGCGCGACGAGACCCCGAGAGCGUCGGUUCCGGAUCAGGAGGAACCCGCCGCGACGGGAGAGAAGGUUUCCGACCAGACGACGACGAAGACGGGUGAACUCGACGACGACGACGACGACGACACGAAGCCCUCGGCGCUGGCGGAGCUGAUGCGAGCCUCCGCGACGGCACCGACGCGCCUCCCCGGGCAUCAUCUCAUCCCCGACUUCAUCACCCCGGACGAGGAGUCGCGGCUGAUCGAGUACCUCGACCGGGACGAGUCCGACACCAACCCGUGGAGACCCUCCAACUUCAACGGCAAGCACAGAGGGAAGAAGUGGGGCGUGGAGGUGGACCUCAAGCGCCGGACGGUCGCCCCCGAGCGCCGCCCGUUGCCCGCGCUGGUGAGGGCCGUGGCGGAUCGGAUGCCCGCGGCGCAUCCCGCACUGCGCGGCUUCGUCCCGAACGAGGCCAACGCCAUCGACUACGACCGGCGCGGCGGAGCCGAACUCUUGCCGCACGUCGACGACAGGCAGAUGUCCACGGACCUCAUCGUGAACCUGUCGCUCGCGGGCGAUUGCGUGAUGACGUACGUGGAGGACGCGGGACGGGACGGGCGGCGGGGGGGAUGGGAGGGCGUCCCCGCGGGGGCGAGGCGGGUCGACGUGUUCCUGCCCAGGCGCAGCCUGCAGGUGCAGAGCGGGCCGUGUCGUUUCAACUUUGCGCACUCGAUACGGAACGAGAACCUUCGCGCGCCGCGGAGGGUGUCCAUCACGUUCAGGCGGAGUCAGAUGCCGCGGACGCGCACGCGGGUGCGAGGGGAGUAG